AUGGGGAAGGAUUCGGUGCGCGAGAAAGACACCGCCGGCAACGUGGCGAUGACCAGCGGUGGCAGGAGAUCAGGCCGUCCGGUCAGUGCCUCACCGUACUCGGAAAACUAUCGGCCACCGAUCGACCUUUGCCAGCGGCAUCUGAUCAACCACAGGCUGAUGGUGUCGAAGCUGACACGGCGCGAGCUGGAAGACAAAUAUCUGAGCCUUUGCGACGAGAAUUACACCAUCAAGAAACGGUUCCUCGAGCAGGAAGAGUUGAUAAAGCGGCUAAAAACGAAGCUGACGCGUCUGUCGAACGAGAGCAACAAUCGAUCCAAAUCACGGCUCGAUAUGGCCUCGAGCGAACACUACAGCAGAUUGCACGACCUGGAACUACAGCGGCGGGAGCUUCACGAAAAAUUGGAAGCCCUUCGCCGUGCCACGUCUACCGAAGGACGACGGAUGGAAAGUGCUAGCAAGGCCAACAGUGCAAGGACAAGCGCUCAACGCCGUUCGAAGAGUGCACGUCCAGCGAAGGAACCGGAUGUGGCGGGUCGUCGAGAGUGCAAGUCUUCGUCACCGUCGAAUGAUGGGUACGACGAGGAGGAGGAAGCUCGUCACCAUCGUCCGGUUGGAGCGGGAGGUCGCCGGAACAGUACAGACGAUCGUACAGAGGACGAUGAUGAGGACAGUCCUGGCGAGAUGGCUCGUCGAAACAGCCAUCGUAAGUCGUACGGUGCGGACGAUGAAGAGGAGGAUGAUGAUGAUGACGAUGAGAAUGAUGAGCGAGCCGGUGCUGUGGAUGAGGAUCGGGAUGUACUGUCCGGUGGCAGUGAGGAUCUGCAUGGAAGCGAUCGACGAGGCUCGAGUAGAAUGGAAACCAAUGGACUCGUUGGAGGUACGAAGAUCUUAAACUCAAAGGAUCGCCGCCAACGUUCGGAACGAUCCAAACCGCGACAGGCGCAAUGUCCGGACUGUGAGCGUCAUCGAACGGAGCAACAAACACGCGAAACCGACCUCGUCAAAAUGAAGCUAAACAUCAAAUAUCUCCACAAGGAGCUGCAAAAUGAGAAGGAAAAAAGUUCGCUGCUUGCCCGCCAGCUGGAGGAGAAACUUUCGUACGAAAUUAUGAAGCGGAACGCGGCGGAAAACCUCGAAAUACUUAACCUUAACCGACAGGUGGAGGAUCUGGCAAAGGAACUGCAGCGACAGGUGGACGAGCAGAAGCGUUCGAUGGAGCACGAGAUGCGGAAGCAAGGUGAUCUUGAAGCCCAAAUACGCAAGGAGAAGGACAAAAACGUGUCCCUAUUUGAGGAAUGUGAACGUCUAAAGAAAAAUAUUGAAAAGCUCAAGGAAAACAUGUCCGAAGUGGAGAUUGAGCGCGAUUUUCUGAAGCGACAGCAAGAAAACUUUACUAAAAUCGUGGACGAAAACAAGUUGCUCAAGUACCAGCUGGACGAGCUGCGGAAACACAAUGAGGAGCUGCUGAAGCAGAUCGACACGCUGAAAGAGGAGGAACUCGUUACGAAGGCAUCGCAGCGUGAGUUGCUCGAAAAGCUGAAGACAUUGCAGCAGGACAACGAUACGCUGUCGGUAAUGCUGGAAGGUUUGCGCACCGAGAACGAACUGUUGGCCGAGGAGCGAACGCACCUGGAGCACAGUCUAAAGAGCUUAGAAGCAUCACCUAUCAAAGAGGUUCGCCCGGUAUCGCCGAUACGUCUAUCGGAAAAUGCGUCAGUACAGACGGAACGAGAAGAUAAAAUCGAUACGCAAGCUUCCAGCCUAGAAGCGAGUAAAGUGUUCCUUAAACAACCUGCACCCGUUGAGCGACGAGUGCCCGCCCGGGAUACGUUACCAAUGGCUCUAGGACCGCAUUCUCCCAGCCGUUCGUCAGUAGUCGCACGUAUGAGUCGCGAACGGCACGCUUACGAGACGGCAGAAGCUAUUCAGCUGUUGUCGCGACAGGUCAGCGUUAGCCAAAUGAUACCGAAGCUGUCCCAAAUUAUGGACAAUCGUACGGACGAACCUUCAAAGCCAAGUAACGUUGAGCUGCUGAUUGCGAAUAGUUACCCUGAACGGUUGGAGCAAUCAUUCCGCGAGAACGAACAAUUCUACGCCCUACAAAAUGCAGCACGUCGUAGAGAUACGGAUCGAGCAUCAACAAUAUCUACUGCAUCAGAAAAACGACGGAUCUCUUUCCGUGAUGGUACCUCCAACACCAAACAAUCGUCUGUGAAAGAUGGCGAACAUUCGAUGCAGGAAAAUUACGCCCGUUUCUUCAACAUACAACGUCUUCCGUCGAUGUGGCACAAAAUAGCGGAGAAUCCCGCCGGAACAGCUAGUGUCUCGAUACCGAAUCGAACAUUUAACACGAAACAAUCCAUCGCAGAUACGCUUACGAUCAAGAUACGGUCCGUACGGUGGCACGAAUCAGCCGUCGACCGUAUGCUAGCUGCCAAGGUGUCACUUUACUACGUCGAGUUUACCUUUCUCGAUCUUUACGGCCAUCGGCUGGAAACGCCCCAUUCGGCCAAGUUUGUGUCCCCGGACGGUGGCAUUCAGCUAGAGCAUACGUUCGAUUUUAACGUAACAAUCGAACUGGAUGCCAAACGAUACGCAGCACGAUGCGCACAGCUGAAGAAAAUGCUUCAUCCGGCAGGAAACGACGGCACGGUACGGUUUGUGGUGGUGAAUGAGGAUCGUACUGCCAGUGGAAAUCCGAGUGAGGAUAUAGGAUACGCUUCCGUUAAACUUCGCAGCGAGCUGCAGAAUGUAUUGAAACAGAACGUGUCGCAAAUGGAAAUCGUGACACCGAUUUAUGAUUUCGAGCACGAGCACGAUGAAUUAGGUGUGCUAACAGUUCAAUUUGAUAACAUCAAACCACUGCUGUCGAUGAUGGAACGAUAA